AUGUCGCAAAGAAAUAAGCAGCAGCAGCCAAAGAUCAUGUCUCUCUCUACCAUCGCCUUCAUCCUCGCCGGUCUGACAGCAGGCGGCGGCAUAACAGGCUACAUUCGGGCUGGUUCCGUCCCCAGUAUGGUCGCCGGCUGCUCCGUCGGACUCCUCUACGCUCUCGGCGGCUACCGUAUCCAACAGCGAGCUACGUACGGCGUCGAGCUCGCGCUAUUGGCGAGUGUUGUAUUGGCUGGAAGCAGUAUUCCACGAGCAAUCAAGACGCAGAAACCGCUGCCUAUUGGGUUGAGCACGUUGGCGGUGGCGGGUUUGUGGCAGUUUGGGGUUGCCUUUGCUGGGGCCAGGGGACAGUGA